AUGAAAAUUUUAACCAAGGAAGAGGAGGAUGCCCACUACAGCACCGUUGUCAAGGGCGGCACUUUGGGAACCGUUCUCGGUCUUGCCGCCGGAGUCGCAGGUGUCAUGUUGGCAUCGCGCCGUUCUCAGACCAUCCGAAACCUCACCCUCCCCAUGAAGACCUUCCUGGUCACCUCAUCCGGUACAUUUGUCGGUAUCAUUGCAGCCGAUCACGCCUCGCGCUCCUUUGAAGCCGAGCACAACGAACAGCGCCAAUGGUAUGCGAACCGCGAGGAACGUCUCCGCAGCGAAGAAUUGGCGCAGAUGACCUUCGUCGACCGGGCGCUGACCUGGGCCCGCCGCGAGAAGUACAAGAUCGUCGGUGUGACAUGGGCUGCUUCCAUGAUCGGGUCGUUUGCACUGGUCGGUCGGAACCCAUAUCUAUCGGGUGCUCAGAAGAUUGUGCAGGCGCGUGUAUAUGCGCAGGGUCUGACGCUCGCGGUGUUGGUGGCCUCCGCGGCAUUUGAGAUUUCCGACCAGAGGAAAGGAAAGGGGAUUGUGGAAGCAUCCAAGGCACAGAAGAAGGAUCAGACCACUGCUGCUGCUGCUGCUGCUGCUUCCCCUGCUCCUGCUAAAUCCGAGUCCGAGGAGGGUGGUGACCUGUGGAAGGACAUGGUUGCCGCGGAGGAAGAGCGUUUGAAGAAGAAACGUCAGUCGCUGUAUGAGAAGCAUGGCCAUUAUGGUCAUGAUCAUACUAACCAUCGUGCCCCUCCGGUUGAAGAUUCUCAGUCUACACCGAUUGAGAAGAAAGAAAAUUAG